AUGGAGCUAAAAGUAUGGUGCGAUGGCAUACAGCGUGUGGUAUGUGGCGUAUCCGCGGCCACCACGUGCCAAGAGGUUGUGUUCGCCCUAGCGCACGCCACGGGGCAAACCGGGCGAUUCAUCUUGAUCGAAAAAUUCCGCCACCAAUCCGAGCGCUUGUUGGCGCCGACAGAGCACCCGCUACUCGUGCUCAGCCAUUGGGGCGAAUACGCCACUGACGUGCAGUUUGUGAUGAAACGCAGCGACGGCCCGGUUGUACCCACCGGUGCCGCCACCGCGUCGGCCGCCAAACUGGCCAACACUGGCCUAUCGUUGGCCACUAGUCCUCAGCAGCACUCGAUUAGUAGCCCAGCCGUGAAUACCUCAGCCAAUGGGAGUGGACAGCAGCAGCAGGUGCUGGUCAAUGGUCAGCCCCCGCCACCAGCGCUGGUCAGCCCCAACCGCAGGGAUGUGUUUAAUAACUCUAUUAACCGAAAGUCUGGUCAUCGGCUAAAAUCUGACACGACACAACUGUCGCCAUCGAUGGCCAAACAGUUAUCAUCAGCCGCUACGACGACCGCCGCCGCAGCUGUGGCCAGGAAUGGCAACACUGGUAGCGCAUCCACACCCACCAGCACUCACACCAUAAUCAAUAGCAACACUACCAGCAGCAGCGGCAGCACAUCCAUCAGCACCGGCAGCCAUCCCAACCCUCAUCAUCACUCCAUACCCGGGUCAGCCCAACCGCUGACUACCGCCAGUCCCGUCAAACAACAGGUCCCGCCGACGACGACGACAACCGCUAACACUAACUCAAUCUCUAGUCAUAAUAAUAACCACAACAACCCUAUUAUUACCAGUAAUGCCAUUAACGCCAACAACCAAUUGGUUAAUAAUAUCAAUCAUAUGAACGCAAAUAUGGUUCAUAACAACCAUAACAAUAACAAUCAUCACUCCGGGGACCAGCUGUUGACCGAAUCGGCGCAACUGCACCAGAAGUUUAUCGCCAAAAACAAUACCAUCAAUAAUAUCCAUACCAUUAAUAGCAAUAGUAAUAACGCUAACAAUAAUAAUAACAAUACAAUCAUCGCUAUCAACAACACCGCCGACGCUAUGGUCACCAGCCCUAAGGGCACCGGCCAUAGGCCCAGACACCCGCCGCCCUAUAGCGAGGCCAUUAACAAGUCGGCACUGGUUACUGGCGGUACCGGUAGUCCCGUUACCACCACUACGGGCACCGGCGGCACAAACACUAGUCAACACCCGUUGGAGUUUGACUCGUCCUCCGCGUCCGAUGAUAACAACACAAUCGGCCGACAAGUGGUGACCAACACUACUACCGGUGGUCCGGGCGUUGGUAUUGGCGGUAAUAAUAAGCGCCGAUCGGCUGAGCCGUCGCCCCAAACGCAGAGCAAACAGCGGACCACUUGUGAUGUCGGUGCGGGUGGUGUUGGCGGCGGCGGCACCGGUAGUCAGAAGGAUCUGCUCCUCCAUAGGGAUGCCAUACGACUGGUCGAUAUGCAGAAGGAGACGAUGCGGGCGCAGGAAAUGGAAAUGUCUUCAGUCGAGCGGGAGAUAACGCUAAUCGAGAAGAACCUGAUGGACAACGAGCUGCUGAUCAGCGAAUACAAGUGCGAGAUGGAGGCCGUCCACCAGCGAUGGCAGGACCAGGAGGUGGUCAUCGAGCAGAUGGACGGCGCGGGCAUGGAGUGCGAGUUGGAUGAGUUGGUGGCCAGGGCUGCCUCCUAUGAGGACGACGUCCAGGCGGUGAAACACAAGUUGAGUCAAUGCGAGACACAGAUUGGCGACUGUAGGCAACAGAUUACGCGACUCAUGGAUCAGUUGGAGGCCGAAGAGGCGGUGGCCCGGAGGCAGAGGGCGGCCGCCAAUGAGGCUCAGUUGGAGGCGAACGAUGAGACCGAGAGGUUGGCCGAGCAGUUGGUCCGCGCGCUCAGGGAUAGGAAGGAUGAGUUCGAGUCACAG